GUUCGGUUCGAUUCGGUUCAGAUAUGAACCGGGCAGGGUUUUUCUCCCACGCCUUCCAGAAUCAUUUCGGCGACCAAACUGUUUCUCUUUCUCGAGAAGGCUUCGAAGAGAAGGAGACUAUAGAGUAUGGAUGAUGGCGAAUCAUCGACCAAUAAUUCCUCGCGCCCAUGGGAAUUCUACAACACCGUCUUCACCAACGCCAAAGCGGGAAUGGAGGGAGUUGAUAAGGAGAAAGUCCAGAGGAUUGUGUAUGAAAUGAGUAAAGGAUCCAAAUAUUUUCAAAACGAGGAACGUAAGGAAGCUCUUAUGAAACAAAAGAUAGAGCAUAUGCGUGAUAGGUGUUCAAAGCUCUCUCCCUCUGAUUUAUCUAAUUAUCAGAAGGUGGUUGAUAGAAGGAUCUUGGAGCUUGAAGCCACACGCGACCUAUCCAGAAUUUGGCUGCAUGUUGAUAUGGAUGCCUUUUAUGCUGCUGUUGAAACUUUGAGCAAUCCUUCGCUCGAGGGAAAGCCGAUGGCCGUUGGAGGCUUGUCAAUGAUCUCCACAGCUAAUUACGAGGCAAGGAAGUUUGGGGUCCGUGCAGCAAUGCCUGGCUUCAUUGCUCGCAAACUGUGUCCAGAUUUGAUAUUUGUUCCUGUAGAUUUCACCAAGUAUACUCACUACAGUGAUUUAACAAGAAAGGUUUUUAAGAACUAUGACCCUCACUUCAUAGCUGGGAGCUUGGAUGAAGCCUACCUUGACAUAACUGAGGUUUGUCGAGAAAGAGGUCUUUCAGGUGGAGAAAUUGCAGAGGAGCUUAGAUCUUCUGUUCAUUCCGAGACUGGACUGACAUGCAGUGCUGGAGUAGCGGCAAACCGCUUGCUCGCCAAGGUUUGCUCAGACAUAAACAAACCUAAUGGACAGUUUGUUCUACAAAAUGACCGAUCCACUGUCAUGACUUUCAUCUCUUCCCUUCCUAUAAGAAAGAUUGGAGGAAUCGGUAAGGUUACCGAGCAUAUUCUGAAGGAUGCUCUGGGAAUUAAAACGUGUGAGGAGAUGGUGCUGAAGGGGUCUCUUCUCUAUGCUCUCUUCACUCAGUCUUCAGCAGACUUUUUUCUCUCUGUUGGACUUGGGCUAGGGAAAACAGCCACUCCUGAGGUUAGGUCUCGAAAGAGUAUCAGCAGUGAGAGGACAUUUGCUGCAACAGAAGAUGAAAGAUUGCUAUAUUCAAAGUUAGCUGAAAUUGCAGAAAUGCUAUCACAUGACAUGAAAAAGGAGGGUCUAAUGGCAAGGACUCUGACACUUAAGCUGAAAACUGCCUCCUUUGAGAUUAGGAGCAGAGCUGUUAGUCUGCAGAGUUGCACAUGUUCAAGCGAGGAUAUACUAAAGCAUGCUACAAAGCUGUUGAAAGCGGAACUUCCUGUUUCCAUAAGGCUGAUAGAACGAUCCCGAAUAGAUGCAGUCGACAAAGUAACUCCAAAUCAAGAAUGUAAGAAUAAAGAAGAAAGGCCAGACUUCAGAACGAAGAAGAAACUGGUUCUAGUUCUUCCCGAACACCUGCUUCAAAACGAAGGAUUCUUGGAAAGGAAAAGGCAAACUCCAAGCCAAAGAAGCAGAAACCAGAUCAAAAGGAAGGUAGCAAACACAUCCCAAUACACACAUUCUUCACAAGGAGCAAUCAAAACUCGUGAUCAGGUGAAGCAGCUGCAAGACGAACUGAAGCGUUUGAGCUGCUUCUUGGAAAAUGCAGAUGAGAAGCAGCAUAAAAGCGAGAGAAUGCAGGAUUUCCUUGAAGCAUUUUUCCUAAAGGCGGAAUCAAAGAAAGGAAAAGCGAUCAAAAGGGUGUUUAGGAGGCUUGCUUGCAUCCCGAGUGAGGCGGUUUCACUUCAUAAUGUUGGCUCAGAGAAUCUAGAAGAGUGGAUGCUUCGGGGAACGAGAUCCCUGGAGAACAUGACAAAAGCAUUCAAAGACAAGCUAGCCUCUGGUGCAAUCGCACCUCACAACCAGUUAGCCUUUGGUGAGAUGAUGGAAGAAGGGGAUAUGGAUUUGGAUGACCAUGAAGAGAUGGAAGAUGAUCAUGGUGAAGAGAAGACAAUAUAUUCAACUAAGAUAGCUCAGCUGCAGUUUUCCAGUACAGCUUAA